AUGUCGAAACACCGAGUGAAGAACGUCGGCUACGAUGACGAAGACUACGAUGACGACGGAUAUGACUCGCCUGACCCCGAAGAGCAGGAGUUCCUGCAGCAGUGUACCACAGCGGUUGUGGAGCAGCUCCGCGCGGGGCAGCCCUCGGUGACUGCUUCGAAGGAAGAGAUUCAAGAUGCGCUGUGGCACUACUACAAUGAUGUGGAAAAAUCGGUGAAUUAUCUGAGAGGGAAAAGGGAAAAGGAAAUGAAGAAGCAACAGACAACUGCCACUACGCAGAAGCCCAAGGGCCAAGUCCCGGCUUAUCCUGCGAUCGACACCCGUCCCAUGGCACAUUUUUCAGCCGCAGACUUUUUCCGUGAUUGCCCUUGGCUGAAUGUUCCUCUACACCGCAAAUCUGAGAUCCUGGUGGAGCCCUUGUAUCCUCGCUUGGGACUGCUAGGAGGUGCACCCGAAGCGGCUGGCAAGGUCUCGAAGUUGGCUGCACUAGCCGCCAAACGUAAUAAACAAAAAGAGGGAGAUAAAGCUUCAGCUGGUGGAGAAACUCCUUCAACUCCCCAGUCUGAGGUGUCAGAUGCCCCCCCAGAGCCAAGUAAGCUCUCUUCCCUUCGGGAGAGGCUGGCUGCGACUAGCAAGCCAUCAAAGCCCUCUGAAGGGCUUGCGGGAUUGCGACGCACCGAGGGAAAGCCUGCCACACCAGAGUCCUCUAUCAUAAAGACACCAAUGUCACCAGAGCCUGACCCAGAUAAGGCUGAGGCGCCGCCAGUCGUCGGAGCUGAAGAUUCCAAGGACAGGGCACCGUCAGAGCAGGCGGCAUCUGAUAUGCGGGCACCGCCCUCUAUGUUUGCCAGUGCUAUUUUGGGGGAUUUUCCAGGACAAACAGCAGCCGAGCCGAGCCAUUUACACUCGAAUAGCGUGGACUUGCUCCAAAUCUAUGGGCAGAAACCUGCUGAACCUUAUGACUUUACAGACCCUAGCCCUGAUGAUGUGGUUCUAAAUGCUCAAAACACAGCAAAAGGAUUCAAGUCGCAGGGUGCUGGCCCAAGGGCAGGGGCCAAAAAGGCGCAGUCUGAUGUCACCAACGGCAUGAAUAACCUCUCUGUUGAAGAGAAAGUCACUGUGAAAAGCAAAAAUUUGGAUGUCCUCGCAGAAUACAACAAGUCAAAGCGUAAAAAGUCCGCCAAUUUUGUAGUGAUAGGACACGUUGACGCGGGAAAGAGUACGCUCAUGGGUCGCUUGUUGGCAGAUCAGGGAGCCAUAGAUCAGCGCACCUUAGAAAAGUACCGCAAGGAAGCAGAAAAGAUCGGGAAAGGCUCCUUUGCUUUGGCGUGGGUGCUGGAUCAAGGAUCGGAGGAGCGUGCCCGAGGCGUCACUAUUGACAUUGCGACAAACAAAUUCGAGACCAAUACGACUGCCUUUACGAUUGUCGAUGCACCGGGCCACCGUGACUUCGUCCCCAACAUGAUUGCGGGUGCUAGCCAGGCGGAUUUUGCCGUUCUGGUCAUCGACUCCAAUACCGGAAAGUUCGAAUCAGGGCUGAGAGGACAGACCAAGGAGCAUGCUUUGCUUGUUCGCAGCAUGGGUGUACAGAAGAUUGUGGUAGCUGUCAACAAAAUGGACACGGUCCAAUGGGCUAAAGAGCGCUUUGACGAGAUCCAGCAGCAAAUCUCUUCGUUCCUGACCACCGCCGGCUUCCUCGCAAGAAACAUCUCCUUCGUUCCCUGUUCAGGUGUACUUGGAGAUAAUAUCUCUAGGCGCAGCGAAGACCCGCAGUCCUCAUGGUACACAGGCCCCACCUUGAUCGAAGAGCUUGAGACCUCGGAGCCAUAUACUCAUGCGCUUGAUAAGCCGCUGCGCAUGACAAUUGGUGACGUGUUUCGGGGUGGCGUACAAAACCCGAUCUCAAUUUCUGGUCGUCUGGAUGCGGGCAGCCUACAGGUCGGUGAUCAGAUCUUGACCAUGCCCAGUGGCGAAUCAGCUGCCAUUCGCAGCAUUGAGGUCGAUGGCGAUACCAGUGAUUGGGCUGUAGCUGGGCAGAAUGUUGUCUUGAACCUGGCUAAUAUUGACCCGAUACACCUCCGAUCUGGCGAUGUCAUCUGUCGGGCUUCAUCGCCCAUUGCAACGAUCACUACCUUCACUGCGAAGGUGCUAGCCUUCGAGCAUCUGAUGCCUAUGCUUAUCGACAUUCAUCGGGGCCGACUUCAUGUGCCCGGGCGGAUAAGCAAGCUUGUUGCCUCCCUGGAUAAAGCCUCUGGUGCUCCUAUCAAGAAGCGACCCAAGAUCGUUGGCCCCGGGACAGUUGCAAGAAUCGUUGUGGAGAUGGAUCAAGCUGUGCCACUGGAGGCACCGACCCGCAUUGUUCUGCGAAGUGGUGGCUCAACUGUGGCAGCGGGAUUGUUAGAAUAG